AUGUUUUCCUUGUUUUUCUAUGUUUGGUUUCCGUAAAAUAAGAGGGUCAACAGAAUUUGUUUUACGAUCAACGAAAAACUCAAAGCAAAACAAGGUAAAAUGACUUACCGUUUGAAAAGGGUAAGUCAUUUUCCUUUGCUUUCGCGUACCUUGCUCCACAUCGAAAAAUCGAGCGAUCCAGUGGCCUCCUUCUCACCGGAGACGCGGACGAUCGUCUUUUCAGGUACAACUGCUGAUGAAUUGUUUCCACUCUUCGACAAGUACGGGAAGGUCAUGGUCUCUGCCUCUGAUUUCUCUUCCUACACUGCUUUCUGCUAUUUGGUUGCAUCUAUGGGGCUUCAACUGCUAUGGAGCUUUGGUCUUGCAUGUCUCAAUGUUUAUGCUUUGAGGAAAAAGAGAGAUCUUCAGAAUCCUGUUCUAAUGAGCCUAUUUGCUGAAGGUGAUUGGGAACAACAAAUGGUUAUGCCUGGCCAUUGCGAGGAAAGCUUACAGAAAGAGUUGAACCGUUACGUUCCCACAGCUGCUGCGUUCGGAGGCAUGUGCAUCGGUGCACUCACAGUUUUGGAAGAUCUUAUGGGAGCAAUUGGAUCAGGAACCGGCAUACUUCUUGCGGUCACAAUCAUUUAUCAAUAUUUUGAGACCUUCGAGAAGGAGAAGGCCAGUGAGCUUGGUUUCUUAGGAUUGUGAGCUUAGGCUUUGACUGAAGGAAUAGUAGCAUAUAUACCUUGGAACAUAAUUUUGUUGUAUGGUUAGAUGCACAAAUGAUGAGAACACUUGUUAUGUGCCUUUAGUUACUUGA